AUGACCGAUGGUGUUAAAAAACGCCCGCAUUCUGAAGUCAGGGAUGAUUCGUUCUCGUCCAUUCCUGAUGAAGAUGAUGAUCUAAAUACGUUGGACACCCGUGCUCUUCUUAGACGUGUUUUGUCCGACAACAAAGCCAUCAAACAAGCUCAUGCUGAGCUUGAACUUCGUUUUGCCGACCUCAUCAAGCAAAAUGCCACACUUAUCGCCCAAUGUACGCUCCUGAAUGCAGAGAACCAAGUGCUCCUAGCGGAAAACAAGACUCUCAAGCUGUCCUUUCCGAUAAGUUCAACCUCUCUGCCAUCUACAGCCAUUCCUCAAGACCAGCCGUCUUCGGUUCCCGAAAUUGUUAAAUUGUCUUCACGUGUCAAACUCUCCAGAGAAGUCGCUUCUAUGAACCAGAAAAGUUACCUGGCCGUUGUUGAACGCCUCGACGACUCCAAAGACAAAAAACAAGACGACUCCGACAAAUCUUUCAUCAACGACGUGUGCAUCGAAGCCGAACUGCCCUGUCCGAUUGAAGUAUUCCGACAUGAAUGUGACUCCAAACGUCGACCUCUAAAAAUCAAGUUUGAAUCCACACGGGUUCGUGAUCUAUUUAUCCGUCGUUUCCGGCAUACACUUGAAAACAUGCCGUUUUCACAAAAAAUUGCUCCUCGCUGCCGUAGAGAUAUGACGCUUACUGAAUUGUCCUUAUUACGCAGCUUGAGGAAAAAAGCCUAUGAAGAAAACGUUAAAGCGGGAAUUUUCAAGUUUUACGUGCGCGAUUUGGAAAUCGUUGAGUCGGACACUCCCAGACCGUUUACAGUUUGGUCUCGUGAAGAUGACGCGGCGCCAACCAAAAAGUGACGCGCCCGCCGUAAACAAGACUCCCGCGCCCGAGUCCUGUGCCAUGGAGGCAUAGGUCAAAAACUUCUUCAGCGCUUGCCGAAUACACCUCGGUCAUUUCGUCCACUCUCCCCCCCACUCCUUCCCGCCAUCCGUGGUCAAUUUGAUUCUCAUCCUCCUGAUUUACUUUCUACCCCCCGAACGGAUGGUUUGGACGUGGUUGAGCCCUUCAUAG